AUGAACCAAGAAAGAAUUAAUGUUUCAAGUGUUGAAUCUAGUGUGGAUAACAUAGAUCGUGACCCGGGAAAGCGGAGACCUAUAGCUGAGUAUGAAGUUCAAGAUAGGGAUCGCAUCCGAAGAGAAUACAUCUCGAAGGGACCUUUCCAACCAAAAGGCCAUGUCUUUAAGAAAAGCUCAUUUGGUAAGGAGAAAAGGAGUUUCCAAUGUAACUGGCCAAUUAACGACAAUCGGUUUGGCGAUGAUGUAUUUGUGAGCACGGGGUGUAAAAAUUGGAAAAAGGCUCUUGCUAUUUUUAGAGAACAUGAGGGCUCAGUUAAUAGCACACAUGAUCAGGCCAGAAUACUUUUUGAAGGAUUUAAAAAUCAAAGACAAAGUGUUGGAUAUAAUUUGAUGAAAUUUGAUAAGGAAGACGAAGUUAAUUAUCGGAUUCGUUUGACUGCUUCUUUAGAUGUGACUCGAAUAUUGUUGAAACAAGGGUUGGCUUUUCGAGGACAUGAUGAAUCAUUGGAGUCUGAAAAUAGGGGAAACUUUCUAGAGAUACUUGAUUGGUUACGUGACCAAAAACUUGAGGUAGCAGCGGUGACAUUAGAGAAUGCUCCUCGCAAUAAUCAGAUGGUUAGUCCUUUAAUUCAAAAGGAAUUGACAAAUUGUUGUGCUGUUGAAACUACAAAAGUUAUUUUGGAAGAUAUUAAAAAUCGUAAUUUCUCUCUUUUGGUUGAUGAAGCGCGCGAUGCAUCGAUAAAAGAACAAAUGGCUUUGGUUCUGAGGUAUGUUAACAAUGAUGGAGAGAUUGUAGAAAGAUUCUUGGCCUUGGUUCAUGUCACCGAUACCACAGCAAAAUCUUUGAAGGAAGGGAUUGACUUAGUAUUUGCUAAGCAUGGUUUAUCUUUGUCACGAUUAAGAGGUCAAGGUUAUGAUGGUGCAUCAAAUAUGCGGGGUGAGUACAAUGGUUUGAAAUCACUUAUAUUGAAUGAAAAUCCAUCUGCCAAGUACGUUCAUUGUUUUGCCCAUCAGCUUCAAUUAGUGGUGGUAAAUGUUACAAAAACACAUGGUGCUGUAAGCGAUUUUUUUACUAUUGUCACUAUGAUUGUCAACACAUGUGGAUCAUCUUGUAAAAGAAAGGACAAGCUACGACAGCUCGAGCAUGAAAAACUUGUCGAAGGUAUAGAAAGUGGAGAAAUUAAAAGUGGAAGGGGUUUAAAUCAAGAGACGAGUUUAAAGCGACCAGGCGACACUCGAUGGGGGUCACACUUCACUACUUUGCUUCGUUUGAAAAGCAAGUGGUCGUCAAUAAUUGAAGUGCUUGAAAAUGUGUUUGAAGAUGGUGCUAAUCCUGAUAAUAGAGGUAUAUCAAAAACAUUGGGCAUGAGGAUGGUUCUUGAUUUACUUACUCAAGAGAUGGAGAAUCGUUUCCCAGAAAUAAAUUCGGAAUUGCUUACUUGCAUGAAUUGCCUUAGUCCAAAAAACUCAUUUGCUAGCUUCAAUGUGGACAAGUUGGUUCGUCUUGCAGAACUUUAUCCGGCUGAUUUCUCAUCUAUUGAACGUAUGUCUCUUCCAUAUCAACUUAAAACUUAUAUCAAUGAUAUAGUUGAUAAAGUUGAGUUCUCCAACAUUGAAGAUUUGGGAAAUUUAGCAAAGAUGUUGGUUUCUACCUCAAGAGAUAAAGCUUUCCCGUUGGUGUACCGUUUGAUUGAGUUGACACUGAUCCUCCCGGUUGCAACAGCUUCUGUCGAGAGAGUAUUUUCUUCCAUGAAACUUAUUAAGACAGAUUUGCGCAAUAGAAUGGGAGACGAAUGGAUGAAUGAUAUCAUGGUGGUAUACAUUGAGAGGGGAAUUUUCAAAAAAAUUGGAAAUGAGACUAUUCUUCGGCGAUUUCAAGACAUGGCGACUCGUCGAAAACAGUUAUCAUCUAGUGUGUCGUAA